CAAGCUUAAGGCAGCGACAAACCGAACGCGAGUACAACAUCGUACCAAGGUAUGAUACGUCAUUUCGAUUUCGUCUUGCGUAUGCUUUCUGUUUCUGAGACGAUACUAGAUAAAAGAUCAAGAACUACUUCAUCUUGAGUAGUUCUGUUUAUAGCGACAACAUGAAGUGAUUGCGGCCUUUCUGCGCGCGGUCAGAAGUUUUUUCGCGGCCCGACAAAAUAAGUACUGCGGUGGCCUGGAACUGGUCGAAGUCACUGAGAUUGCCGCGACGUUAGAAGUCGUAGAAAUUCGUUCUAAAGUUGCUAGUACGCUAUUUCGGACUAUAUCAACAGACUAUAAUUCCAGCUCACGGAUAGUCAUUCGUGGCAAGCAGAGCCAUGGGCGAGCAGGACUUGGAGCGCAGUCUGCUGCUCGACGAGCGCGGCGUCGGCGAAAAUGACCGCUAUAGUGGCGUGCUUGGUUAUUUGCUCUCGAAGGUGGAAACGACGCCAACUGUGGAUGAGCAGGAAAUGGCACGCGAGAUAAAAUGUCUGGUUGGGGUACCUUACGACUCGGAAAAUCCGCGCCACGUGCAGGACUUGCAGCAGUUCUGGAAAUUUUUAUACGUGCUACGCGAUGCGGGUCCUGGAUCCCGUACAAAUCCUUCGUCGGUGGUAUUAUGUCCUAUUCUUGUUCUUGGAAGCGAAACGAUGUGACAGGUCUCCUCACUGGCUUGCUGUUCUUGUAUUUAUGGUUCAUUGAUUUCGGGUACAAUAACUUCCUCAUCUUCGUUUUUAGCUUGUACCUCUCAGAAUUCGAAUCUACCAGGAGUUAAAAGUGAGCUACACAAACUUGAAACUUCUAGAACUGUAAACGAGUAUCUAUACGAACAUGCAACGACCAAAACUUUAACUGGCACCUUGAAUCAUGGGCUCGAAGGACCUCUUGUUCGUCGAGACCCGGAAGCCAGGUUUAUGCUCCUCUAACAAUUGACACGACAACCACUGACGCGGCCUCCCGCGAAGGGGCGAAUGCAGCCGCCCCUGAGCCCGUCGACGACCGAUGGAAACAAUUGGGCUUCCAGAGCAAAAAUCCUGCUACGGACUUUCGCGGUGGUGGAAUUCUGAGUCUCUACUGCAUGAUGUAAUUCUUAUAUUUUUUCCGAUGAAUUAAAAUUAUAAGAUUGAUUUUGCUUCCUAAAAAAAGUAAAAAUCUUCGAUUACUUAAGAAAAAGAGCUUCAAUAAUCACUUCUGCAUCUUCUGCAGGAGUAGGUCUGCUUGACAAAAUUCCUCCUGCGCUGGUGACCAAUGUUCUUCUCUUUUGUGAUCAGCUCAUUUUUUAGGUUCUUGAUCAUUUCUCCCAGGUACCUCGCCGAUAAAUAUCCCGUCGAGUCGCGGCGGAUGGUUGAGGAGUCACAGAGGCAAAGCUCAUUUUAUCUCUUCGCCUGUGCGUGCAUCAACGUCACUGUGCAGCUGAUAUUUUACCUGAAUCUGCAGACGCCGGACAUGACAUACCAGGGCACGAUAGUGCCUGCUCCUGUCGCUACGAAAAAACACGUCAUGCACAUCUUCUCAGAGUCCCAUUAUCAAGCGAGAGACGCCUUCGGCGAACUCUUCUCGAAGUCGAUCAUGAAGUUACACGGUACUUCGUAGCCUUGAUUAGUAUUGCGAAAUCGAUAAAAAUGCUGCUUCAUCAUUCCCUUGGUCGUACUUCGACGUUGAUGUAGCUAUUCUUGAGAAUGAGAGCGAAGAUGAUUUAGUAAUUGUUGUAAUGCUUGAAAAUCAAAACAGCAAUUUGGAUCGAGAUGUCGCUGCGUCCCGAAGGAGUAACGUUGCUGAACUUCGGCGAGGCAUUAGAAAAGAAUUUGAGGGCUCUCCGAAGGGCGUGCCAAGGCGCCAGCAGCUACGAUAGCCUAGAGGAUUUCGCGAAAAUAAUGGGAAUUGACCCAGAUAAGUGGACAACGUUGGCAGCGGCAUAUUACAACGAUCUCUGUUGUAAUGCCAGUGAGUCAGUUGCCUCUGUCCUCUUGCGCUUGAUGGCUGCAACGCGGAGCAUAGAAUAUUCAUCUCGUCCGGCAAACUUUUGAUCUUUUGAUGUGUUAAUGCAGACACUUUAUUUUGCAUGUGAUGUCUGAGCCUCCUCCUCGCCGUCGUAAUACAUUUCCAACAAGUAGCACAAGCACUACUUCUAUGUCACAACCGAUCUCUAUCGCUUCACUGUGAAGGAAGGCAUGUGCAUA